AUGCUUCUCCUCGACUACCACAAUGUGCUCAUCCAAUCGCUUCUCAUAGAGCGAUUCUCUGGAGCCGCACCAGUAUCAAUAGACCAGAUUGUGUCUGAUUUUGACGGCGUGACAUUCCAUGUUUCCACCCCAGAAUCAAAGACCAAAAUCGUCAUUUCCAUCGCCCUCAAAUGCUUCCGCGAACUCGUGCAGUAUGGCGCCCAAGCAGUGCUGGAGCGGGAAUAUGGACCUUAUAUCGUUAACCCAGAGGCCGGGUAUGACUUUUCGGUCCAGGUAGACUUGGAGGACCUGCCGGCGGAUGAAGAAGGAAAAGAGGAUUUGAUAAGGCGCCUAUCGUUGCUCAAGCGAAACGUUAUGGCUGCACCCUUCGAGCGUGCUUUCGACGAAUUUGCUAAGCUGUCGGAGGAGGCAUCCAAAUACACUACAGAGUCUGCUCCACAGGGCAUCAAGGAGGGAGGAGAAGUUAUGGCUGUUCACUACCGAGAGGAGGAAGCGAUCUAUAUCAAGUCUAGCCAUGACCGCGUGACGGUUAUCUUCAGUACUAUCUUCCGUGAAGAGACGGAUCGUAUUUUCGGCAAGGUUUUCUUACAGGAAUUUGUUGAUGCUCGAAGACGUGUACAGACGUUGCAGAACGCCCCUCAAGUCCUGUUCCGAAACGAUCCUCCUCUUGAAUUGCAAGGAAUUCCGGGUCUAAAGAACUCGGGAGACGGCAAAUACAGCUAUAUUACCUUCGUUCUUUUCCCUCGACACUUGACGCCUCAACGCCGCAACGACAGCAUUUCUCACAUCCAGACAUUCCGAGACUACUUCCAUUAUCACAUCAAGGCAUCUAAAGCCUAUAUCCAUACUCGUAUGCGAAAGCGUACAGCAGACUUUCUCCAAGUCCUCAACCGUGCGAGACCGGAAAACGAGGAGCGCGAAAGGAAAACAGCCAGUGGAAGAACGUUCCGUGUCCAGGGAUAA